UCCCUCGUGGAUGCAUCUCUUCCUUCCUCUCGCACAGAGUCAACGUCCACUUCCUAAUCACGUCACACAAGUCGGAGCAAAGAUAGUUUGUCUUGUCCUGCCCGCUGUUCUGACCGUGUACAAUUCACAUACAUACAUAUGAAAGUCUGGUCCGGUUACGUAUCAAGGUUUGGAAACAGUGCACUUUGUGAGAUACAAAGAAAAAGUUGUGAAACGUAGCAUAUGAGAAAGUUGAGAAGAGUGAUAAUUUUUUGAGAAAAAAGUAGCUUAUGCAAUAGCAAAAUCGUGACUUGUGUACAGACUUUCAAAUGGAAAGUGAAUGUGACGAAAUCAAUCUGAAAAGUUUAGCUUAAUGAAUUAGUUCUUCAUUUCUUAAAAGUGUUUUCAGUCUGAAACUUGUUGAUUUCGUGUACACCGUUAAAAAAUGCCGUACCCCGGAUUAGCGCAUGAGGAUCAUCGAAUUUUGGGGAGCGACUUUUGUUCCGGUUUUGUCGAUAUUUACGGGAAAUGGAACACAGGAUUCUACUGUCCUCAGAACACUCCCACGAUUCCAGUAUUUUGUUGCGGAACGACGUAUUAUAAAUACUGUUGCGUCGCACGGGCCAAUUCUCUAAAUGGGAGAGCACCGGAAGUUGAGGUUGACGAGGACAAUCCGGCCGAUGUUACACCUUUCACUGUGCGCGUUCCCGUCGUGUUUGCUAUAUUUUGUGGCGUCGUGGCGGUCGUUAUUCUCCUCGUGACGGCGAUUUGCUUCUUCUGUUCGUGUUGCGUCGUAUACAAGAAAAGGAGGAGUCGUGAUAAUGGACCUUUUUCUGGUCUCUACCAUAUUCAAGGUUCUUCCUCCACGACGAGUGCGUUAGCCUCGAUCUAUUCCACCCAGAACAGUAACAACUCUGUGGUAUGCACCCCACUGGAUUGUGCUGAUUGGGGUGCACUUUCUCCAGGAGGGUCCUUCACCUAUAUUCCAUAUCCGCUGCCCUCGUCGUCACACUCGUCGGCGACCGGUCCUAAUCAUCAUCAUCAUUACGCCACGCCAAGCACGCUGUCCACCACGUCCUCCGCGUACCCCUCGACCCUAACCAUUCCAAAUUUGAGGGGUGGUUUUCUCAACAAUAAUCAUAUCUUUGGUCCACAAGGCAAUAACAAUCUCUCGUAUUACAAUAACCUCAACAACAAUAACCAACCGAACAGGAGGAAUCAGAACAACGUGGCUGGCAUUUAUUCUCAGCAGUAUCACACGGGUGGGAGACCGGCCUCAGUUUUGUCGACGUACUCAUCAUCACAAUCCAGCAUUUCAACCUUGCCCACUCCAAGUAAUGGGAGGGGUUCAAUUUCUUCGUCGACAGGGCUUUACCACGUCACGAAUUUGAGAACGCCACCACCACCGGCAGGAGUGGGACCUCCUCCAGCCUACAGUUUCCGACCACCACCACCACCACGACCAGAAAGUGUCGAACUGCAGACCCAGCUCCAACAAUUAUUGUCCUUACAAUCAAACACAGCAGGAAGUAGGACCCGUUCACCAAACGUACAACAACAAACCCGCUUUAUUAGCACCACCACCAAUCCACGCAGUGGUACUGGUGGCAAUAAUAUUUCCAAUCCAUCAAACAACAGAAACAACCCGAGUAGUAAUCAAGCUCCCGUCAGAAUUCUAAAUUUGAGACAACUCCUCCUCGAAAGAGAGCAAUAUAGACAACAACAAAGAUCAAGUAGUUGUAAUAACAACAGGAAUUCGCUGACAAGACCUGCAACACGAAACACGACACAAAAUAAUACCAGUCUCGACGAGCAUGACAGGCUGAGUCUGGCCACGAUACAAAGUCUUAUCAAUGCUUAUCGAACCAAUUGUGGUUCACAACAAGAGCUACAAUCACUACCACUUCAAUCUUCAGCAGCUGCGGGGAACCCUUCAUUAACACCGGCGGAUGUCAAUCGUCUCAACGCAAUCAACCUCCUCGUCUCCACCGUAUUGAAUCAGCGUCAAGGCGGUGGUGGUGGUGAAAGUGGGAGAAGAGCUCUUAACAAUUGCUCGUCCUCAGAAAGUGCCCAGAAUCGUCCUCUCCUCCUCUUGCUUGAUAGAGUGAUAAGAGCAUCUUCUUCAUUCUCGUCGUCUUCCGGUUCCGGGGGAGAAAGUGUGACAAGUAACACAACGACCUCAAUUGGCGGAGGAGACGACGUCACCACCACAAUCAUCACUUCAGGCAUUGGAAGCAGUAUUACGGGCGGAGGCAGUAGCAGUAGUGGUGGAGAAGGAAGUGAUGAUAUCACUCUGACCGGGGGGAAGAACAGUGGAGAAGAAAAUGGCCUCAAAAGUGUCAUCAUCACCACCACCACCACCACCGCUCCUUUAAAGAUCAAGGAGGUGAAAUGUAAAAACUCUUCAGAUAAAAAAAUUCCUGCCGGCGAUGAGAACAUAAACAUGCAUGAUGAAGAAGACGUUGGAAUCCUGUAUGACGAAAUUGUACAAGAAGAACAAGGGGAAGAAAAUCAAAGUCAAAGACAAAACCAAAUCAUUCAAAUUAUUGAGACAAGCGUGCCUUUAAAAGAAGAAGAAGAUUCGGACGAAGUGCAGAAAUGCUUUGAUGUUGACGGAGAUAAGAUCCAGGGCCAAGAUUACAUUUCCAGUCUUGACGAACAACAUGAGGGAGUGGGAAAAGAGGAACUGGCAGAGCCAAAGAUUUCAGAGAGCACAAAUGAGAAUAAUACACAAUCAGAAUUGAGUUUGGUUGAGGAGGAGACCAAUCUGAAACUGGGAUCUAAACUGGAUUCUUCCUCCUGCUGCUAUGAGGACGUGAAGAUGGAUGUGAGUUUCAAAUCUGAUCUGAACGACAUGCAUUGUGAUGUUGGGGAUGGAAAAUUAGGUUUAAAACAAGAAACAUCUGUAAUCAUUGAUGAAUUGCAAUCGGAAGACGAAAACCAACAUGAUGACGACGACAACACGGGGAAAAGUUGUGUCAUCACGAGCACCCCGCUCGAGACGACCAACUGCAGGCUGCUUUCCCUCAAAAUCGAAAGUGUAGAAGAAACUUAGAGGAAUCUUAAGUAGGAAAUAAUUAUCCUCAUCAACUUUCGAGCAAAAUGACAAUCACAACCUUUCUACAUACAUAUUAUUAUAAGGAUGCAAUUUUACUUUUCAAAAUUCAUUAAGAAAAAUUAUAUCGAUCAGAAGAUCCUGGUGUACAUAAAUAAAGUGAUAUCUAGUCAAAUCCUAUUUCUAAAAGUAGAAUUGCUAUACCUGCUAUAAAAGCUAUUACACAUUUAAUAUAUGUAGAUUUUAGUGGGCGAAAGAUGAGAUUCAAAAAUAAAUAUUAAAUAAAAAUAGAAUUUACAAUGAAUUAUUUUACAUGCUUUACAUUUCACAAGUUAUAAAUAGAGGAGUUCGUAAAGCUGCAGACAAAAUCCGGAUUUUGCAAUUUGCCAUCUAUA